UUUCUACGAAUGUCACACAGAUGAACUUCGUGCACAUAUAAAGAAUAUCCAAAAUGGUAAUUGGUCAGAGUUUACGGAGCCCUUUUUUUCAAAGAACCUUAAAGAAGUUCUUUCACUUCACGAUGAACAGUCUUCUCAUGAACAAAUUGAGGGAAUAAUUGAGGGGAAAUUUAAAGCUUUACCAAAAGAAAUUGAGGGGAUGAUUGAGGGGAGAUUUAAAGCUCUACCAAUAAAAAUUGAAAAGAUUAUUAAAGAUAUGCCUAUUCUUAAGGAUCUAAAAAAAUCAAUUGAAGAUCUGAAAACAAUAGAUAAUGGUUCUGAUCAGAAUAGAAUAGAUAGUUAA